CCUAGAUACUACAUUGAAUAAUAAUAAGAGCAAUUGAAGCAUCAACGCAGGUUCAAGUCGAUAAACCUCAAAAUACACGUAAGUACAGUAAAUAUAGGUACUUAUAUAUUUAUUGCAGUCCUUCGAUAAAUAUAUAGCACAUCAAUCUUCCUCUUACUAGUCUCAAUCUUCCCUCAUUUAAUCCUCAUUUGAUCUCUUCUUCCUCUCCUUGUCGCCAACUCCGCAUUCCCCUCGGCUACCUAUACUAAGAAGAUGGACCUCGAAACAAAUGAACUCAAAGAGGAUGCCUGCUACGUCGCACUUACCCACGACUAUCUCAACGUGAACAGCGUGAUGGAUAGGGUUCGUAGCCCUCGAGCAGGUGCAAUAGUCAUGUUUGCGGGCACUACUCGUGAUAAUUUUGGAGGAAAGCCGGUCAAGGAACUCCAAUACUCUGCUUACAACCCGUUGGCCUUGCGCACUAUGCUGUCCAUAUGCAAAGAAAUCCAUACCGAGUAUGGCCUCAUAGCGAUAGCCAUGGUUCAUCGUCUUGGAACCGUGCCCAUCGGGGAGGAGAGUAUACUCAUAGCAGUAUCUGCCCCGCAUAGACAGGCUGCGUGGCGAGCUGGCGAACGAGCCCUUGAAGACUGCAAAGAACGUGUUGAAGUCUGGAAGAGGGAAGAGUUUGAAGGCGAAGACGGCGUCUGGAGAGCCAAUAGGGACGGUGCAAAAGGAACAUUUACAUCCUGAUUCGCUAUCCUACAUCUGCCAUCACCUGUCUAUGUACAGGGAUACACCCUGGAAGUCUUAUCUGUCUGCUGAGAACUUGGUAAGGAAAUGCAUUCAAUUCGACUUGCACUCUAUAAUAUACUACUCGGCCCAAAGCCACGUAUACAUAGUAUGUAUGUGCGGCAUAGGUACUGGAUAUUACAUACUACCUAAUGACCCUAUUCCAAGCCCUAUAUUGAGAAACUUCCCUAGAACGGUGCUCUAAAAUUAUCGUACCAUUGUUACUAACUAAGCGCAUCGAGAUUGCUGGUUCUAAAGGGGACGAAAAUAACGAUAAAGCGCCCCGUUCAUUAACCGGUUAAAUGGCUGUUGUUAAGCCAAGGAGCAGCACGCGGGCCUCGAUUCUUAUAUGUACUCGAGAUGGUGUGUUCAGGAGACACUGGAAUAUUAUUUUCGUAUCUGUCAUCUUAUGCGGAUCUUUUCUACUUUUUCUCGUUAUCUAACUAGGUAGAGAGAACAUGGGGAAGCAAAACUUAUUACCUUGCAACAUAUAACCUACCUCUUUGUAUCACGAGACUACCUGCUUACAUACAUACAUGUAGACGGGCGUUUGGUCUGUUGCGGUUUAGAUUAAUGCAGGUGCGUAUGUGACCGG